AAUCUUUUCCGAUUCGAGGAAAAGUUACGAGCCUCCUUAUCGAGUCACUUCCUCGUAUUGAAACGGGUUCGGUUCCCGUGGAGAUUCCUGUACAUCUCCGCCACAAAGAUACCCACCUGCAAAACGCCUCAGAAUUCAUAUGCAGAUAUGUCAACGAAUCAAAUAGAGUGCAAAGAAUGUCAUUCAAGCACGUAAAGAUGCUCUUGCGAUAAUGUAAAACUGCUUAGGAGUCUGCAGGCCAAAGGACAACAAAGGAAGGUUUAGGCCACCACACUGAUCAUCACAACCAGUUGCUUACUUGGCCUCGGACAAGAAUGGACGAUACAAUUGAGGCCGCAUUGAAUAGUGUUCUUGAGCACGAUGAGGAAAGUUUUGAAGAACUAUGUCAGAAUUUAUCCGUGCUGUCCCCGCGGGAAAUGAAUUUCUCUAAUGGUACUUUUGAUAUAAAGCCACAACAGAAUGGUUUUCAUGAACAUGGUGAAAGAGAGAUGCAAAGCAGGCCAGCAAGAUUCACAGAUCUACUGAAUGUAGAUGAUGAAGGCCUAGAAGACAUAUCAACUGAAGAGCUAGCUGUUGGUUUGUGUGUUGAAUCUCAAAUGGCAUAUGCCUUGGAUAAUAGGGCUUUUGUUCCUAAGGUUGGGAAUUUUGUAGAUGAUAAUGAUGACGAUGAUGAUGAUGAUGAUGAUGAUGAUGAUGAUAGUAGUGAAACAAGUGAUCUUAGUGAACUUAGUGAAUUAGAGGACAUAAACAAGCAAAAGGAAGAAGGAAAAAAGGAAAUUCAUCACAGUGAGGCGAAUAUGACAGGUAAACAGAGCAGCGAAGAGAAAAUAGCCUUAAAAGCUAAAACUAACAUUCCAACAAACACAGAUUUUGACACCAUGAACACUGAAACUGAAAGUUCUGGCUCAAAAGAAAUAGAUACAUCGUCACAAAACAGUCCUUUUAAAGUCAUGGUGCUGAACAAAAUCGCAGAACAGGAUAAGCUACCAGGCGAAGCCACUGAAGACGUAGAUUCUGCCGGCUUCGAUAUCAGACCUCAGAUAACCAAUAUUGAGAUAAAGACGACAUCGAAAAGCAAAUCACCACCAGAAUCGCCUUCAUCAAGCGAAGCCUUCCAGUUGGAAAGAAAACGAUCCAGUGAACCUGACGUGUGUUCAGAUGAUAUUGAAGAAUUCAAGUUGGAUGAGAAUUUUGACUAUGAUAAUGUCGACCUAACCCCACAUGAUUGGUUCUAUAGAGAAGAAUCACAAAGUUGAGAUUACGCUAAUGGAAACUUCGAAGGAGUCGUUUUGUCAUUUCAGAUGCAUAAUUGGAUAUCUGCUGAUCUGCCUGGCACUUACAUUGCUAACAUGGUUUAGCGCCACCUUAAAAUGCAUUCACGUAAAAAUGCUGAGAGAUAUGUUGUAUGGAGAGAAAUACCGUGAUCUUAAAAAGAGAAUUGUUUGAGUCCGAAACUGUAAACAAAGUCGCAAAAACAGCAUCUAUUUGAGAGAUUCAAGAUCUACUUCCAACCAAAAGAAAUGAACCAUUGGAUCAACCAUCAGCAAUAUUGAAGCUGUCAUAAAGCUGUAACUGUCGUAAAGGAAGAAACAUGGGAAUUAUUAUUAUUAUUUAUUUAUUUAAAGUAGGCGUAUAAAAAUAGCUACACAAUAAAAGCUAAUUCAAGCCUACUACAAAGUAAAAUUAUUUAAAGACAAAAAAUAAAAAUACAUGUAUAUCUAACAUAAGAUAUAAUUCAGUAUAAAUAUGAACAAUUUUUUUUUUGCGGUACAGAAUUUGAAAAUGGCUUUGAGAAAAGCAAACAUUUUACAACAUACUUAAAGCUUUUUCGUCUGACACUCCUCAGAGCAUAAAACGUCAGAAUAGGUUCCGAAAAACAUGCACGCUGAACUGGAAAAACUCAAAACGAUCUUCUUGGACAACGGCUAUCCUGAAGACGUCAUUUUAUCUUAUACUAAGGAGAAGAUCGCAAGUUUUUCGGCUGUUCAAAAGUUUGGUCCGCAAAAGUGCCCAGUUUAUUUGAAACUACCAUGGAUUGGUAACACUUCCUUGCGAUUCGAGAGUCAGAUUAGGCAAGCCAUAACCAAUUGUUUCUUUGCUGUCAAUCCUCGGAUUGUUUACAGCACUAGGAGAGCCCUUCCAUCCAUUCAAAAGGAUUGCGUCCCUACCAAACAAAAAAGUUCCGUCAUUUAUGAAUUUACGUGCCAGUGUGAUUCUGGCUACGUAGGGCGCACAACCCAAAGAUUGGGGGAUAGGAUAAAACAGCAUGUUCCUUCCAACAUACGUAACAAAACUGCCCCUCAAAGAGAACAGCCUCCUCGAUCUUGUAGGUCUAGAAACACUGUUAAAACAAGUGAUUCUGCCAUUGGUCAACAUCUUUUAGACAACCCAGAUUGUGCAAAACUCUAUAAUGACGACAUGUUUCGGAUAAUUGGCAGAGCCCGGUCGUCCUUCCAUCUAGCAGUUUUGGAUUCAAUCUACAUAAAAACGAAAAAGCCGCCAUUGUGUAGACAAAAGGAGUUCGUUUUCUCUCUUGGACUCCAUUGGUAAUUUUUCUUUAGGCUCGCGGCACUGAUUGGUCAACUAUACCGGUCUUGUGCUUGCGUUUUUCUGAUUGGCCUAUUUCGAUCCACAACUGGGUAUAUAUUUUUCAAACAUGUUUUUCGGAACCUAUUCUGACGUUUUAUGCUCUGAGGAGUGUCAGACGAAAAAGCUUUAAGUAUGUUGUAAAAUGUUUGCUUUUUUCAAAGCCAUUUUCAGUAUAAAUACAUAUAUACAUAUUCUACAAUGUUUUUACAGCAUUUUGGCAUUUACAAUACAACACAGUCUACAGUUACAUUCCUCUCCUUUCCAAGAUUUUAUUCUGCUUUUAAAGCUGGCGAGGGUAUCUGAUUGUUUCAGAGGAGGGAAAGAGAAAUUCACUCCCUGUAAAAUAACUAAAGUAGAAUAUGACAAUUAUAGAACUGUGUCCUUUGCAAAUUUGGACAAUGUAUUAUAGUAUGGUCUAAUGGGGUAAGUCUUUCAUAAUUAUCUGGAGGUCAGCUUGUUGUCAAAGUUUUUAGCUCUCAGUUGCAUUUUGUCGAUAAAUUAAUCUCCAACCUCUGUAUGUUUUAAUUUGUUCUUCGCAGAGAGGAAAUGCUUUCAUUGGUAAGUUCCUCGCAGUAAUCCCUUCAAAAUUACCUUGCUAUAAUAAGGUGUAAAGACGACUCAGUGGUAACGAUCCCGAGCUAAAGAUCGAGGGUCUGUGGUUGAGUCCCUUUACACAACCAACACCUCACUUAGAGUGGGGUGAGUAGCAAGCUCUUUGUGAUUGUAGGUGCAAGAAUAACGGAACC